AUGGACCAACAAUUAGUUCAAGAUUUCAAUCAAAAUUUAAAGUGUAUGAGGAUUCUUCUAAUCCUUUCUGCUGGAUUAGUAGUUGCAAGUGCAUUAACUAGAGAGGUAAGUGUUAUUGCAAAUACUAUUUUAGAUGAAAACAUAUGAAAGCAGUAGAGAGAAAAAAAAAGGAUUAACUAAGGAAAAAGAAAAUACCUCAGCCAAACUGUUUUAAUAAAAGAGUUUUUAAAAAAAUAAAAAAUUUUAUANUUUAAUUCUAAGGGUAAUGCCAAUCCUCCAAGAGAAUAAGUAAUAUAUUGAGGAGAAAAUAAUCUUAAAAUUUCAUCUUAAAGAUUUCAAGAUUACAAAGAUCCAUUUAUUUUUGGAUUUUGUGUUUAGAUUUUAUUAAAUAUUACUCUGGUUAGAAAAUUUGUUCUUAAACUAUAACAAUUUUAAUGUGUUGUUUAGUGGUUUAACAGACCAUAUCUCACAAAUUUCUUCAACUGGACUAUCUAAUGAAUUUAUAUAUUUAUUAAUAUUUGUUUAAUUUAGUAUAUACAAUUAUGAUAUCUAUCUAGAACCUACUGAAAUUUUUCCCAUACAUAGCUACCUAAAACUCUGAAUUGUAAAAUUAAAAUAAUGUAUUGGAUCUUAAAAAAGGAUAAUUUUUUUUUAAAUUUAAAAUCUUAAAUCCUGUCACAAGGAUGUUAUUCUACAUAUUUUUCCUAAUUAUUAAAAAAACAAUUCAUAAUGUUAAUUAAAAAGAGAUUUUUUUUUUAUGUUUUCCAUAAUCAAUAGAGAACAUUUUUAUUAACAUGAUUAUCAUAUUACACAAUCACCAUGUAAAAUAUGUAAAGUAACAUCAGAAACAAAAUUAAUAUUGAUGGUGGCUUAUAACUUUUGAAAUGGAAGGCUCUGAUAAUUUUCUUUAUUUAAAGUUCAAAUUAUAAUAUGAGUGGAAAAUACUUAUAACAGUAUAAUACUGAAUAUGAAGCUAACAGUUAUGUGUCAGUAGAUGAUAAUUGUGUUCCAAUUUUUUAUUCUUUCAAUUUAAUGUAAAAAAAAUAUGGAACAUUUAUAGUUGAAAUUCUAAGUGAUUGUAGAUCAGGCCUAAUAUAAGGAUAUGUUUUUUAUUCUUCAGAUAAAAAUGGACCAACAAUUAGUUCAGGAUUUCAAUCAAAAUUUAAAGUGUAUGAGGAUUCUUCUAAUCCUUUCUGCUGGAUUAGUAGUUGCAAGUGCAUUAACUAGAGAGGUAAGUGUUAUUGCAAAUACUAAUUUAGGUGAAAAAUAUAUGAAAGCAGUAGAGAAAAAAAAAAAGGAUUAACUAAGGAAAAAGAAAAUACCUCAGCCAAACUGUUUUAAUAAAAGAGUUUUUAAAAAAAUAAAAAAUUUUAUAGUAUGUUUUAUGAUUGAUGAUUUACCCAAAAAACCUUAAACAAUUGAAUGUGGAAUAUUAAAUUUAAACAAUUUUGAUCAAGUAGGAUUGCAAUGAGUUGCAUGGAUGAAACAUUAAAGUUAAAAGAUUUAUUUUAAUUCUAAGGGUAAUGCCAAUCCUCCAAGAGAAUAAGUAAUAUAUUGAGGAGAAAAUAAUCUUAAAAUUUCAUCUUAAAGAUUUCAAGAUUACAAAGAUCCAUUUAUUUUUGGAUUUUGUGUUUAGAUUUUAUUAAAUAUUACUCUGGUUAGAAAAUUUGUUCUUAAACUAUAACAAUUUUAAUGUGUUGUUUAGUGGUUUAACAGACCAUAUCUCACAAAUUUCUUCAACUGGACUAUCUAAUGAAUUUAUAUAUUUAUUAAUAUUUGUUUAAUUUAGUAUAUACAAUUAUGAUAUCUAUCUAGAACCUACUGAAAUUUUUCCCAUACAUAGCUACCUAAAACUCUGAAUUGUAAAAUUAAAAUAAUGUAUUGGAUCUUAAAAAAGGAUAAUUUUUUUUUAAAUUUAAAAUCUUAAAUCCUGUCACAAGGAUGUUAUUCUACAUAUUUUUCCUAAUUAUUAAAAAAACAAUUCAUAAUGUUAAUUAAAAAGAGAUUUUUUUUUUAUGUUUUCCAUAAUCAAUAGAGAACAUUUUUAUUAACAUGAUUAUCAUAUUACACAAUCACCAUGUAAAAUAUGUAAAGUAACAUCAGAAACAAAAUUAAUAUUGAUGGUGGCUUAUAACUUUUGAAAUGGAAGGCUCUGAUAAUUUUCUUUAUUUAAAGUUCAAAUUAUAAUAUGAGUGGAAAAUACUUAUAACAGUAUAAUACUGAAUAUGAAGCUAACAGUUAUGUGUCAGUAGAUGAUAAUUGUGUUCCAAUUUUUUAUUCUUUCAAUUUAAUGUAAAAAAAAUAUGGAACAUUUAUAGUUGAAAUUCUAAGUGAUUGUAGAUCAGGCCUAAUAUAAGGAUAUGUUUUUUAUUCUUCAGAUAAAAAUGGACCAACAAUUAGUUCAGGAUUUCAAUCAAAAUUUAAAGUGUAUGAGGAUUCUUCUAAUCCUUUCUGCUGGAUUAGUAGUUGCAAGUGCAUUAACUAGAGAGGUAAGUGUUAUUGCAAAUACUAUUUUAGAUGAAAACAUAUGAAAGCAGUAGAGAGAAAAAAAAAGGAUUAACUAAGGAAAAAGAAAAUACCUCAGCCAAACUGUUUUAAUAAAAGAGUUUUUAAAAAAAUAAAAAAUUUUAUAGUAUGUUUUAUGAUUGAUGANUCCAAGAGAAUAAGUAAUAUAUUGAGGAGAAAAUAAUCUUAAAAUUUCAUCUUAAAGAUUUCAAGAUUACAAAGAUCCAUUUAUUUUUGGAUUUUGUGUUUAGAUUUUAUUAAAUAUUACUCUGGUUAGAAAAUUUGUUCUUAAACUAUAACAAUUUUAAUGUGUUGUUUAGUGGUUUAACAGACCAUAUCUCACAAAUUUCUUCAACUGGACUAUCUAAUGAAUUUAUAUAUUUAUUAAUAUUUGUUUAAUUUAGUAUAUACAAUUAUGAUAUCUAUCUAGAACCUACUGAAAUUUUUCCCAUACAUAGCUACCUAAAACUCUGAAUUGUAAAAUUAAAAUAAUGUAUUGGAUCUUAAAAAAGGAUAAUUUUUUUUUAAAUUUAAAAUCUUAAAUCCUGUCACAAGGAUGUUAUUCUACAUAUUUUUCCUAAUUAUUAAAAAAACAAUUCAUAAUGUUAAUUAAAAAGAGAUUUUUUUUUUAUGUUUUCCAUAAUCAAUAGAGAACAUUUUUAUUAACAUGAUUAUCAUAUUACACAAUCACCAUGUAAAAUAUGUAAAGUAACAUCAGAAACAAAAUUAAUAUUGAUGGUGGCUUAUAACUUUUGAAAUGGAAGGCUCUGAUAAUUUUCUUUAUUUAAAGUUCAAAUUAUAAUAUGAGUGGAAAAUACUUAUAACAGUAUAAUACUGAAUAUGAAGCUAACAGUUAUGUGUCAGUAGAUGAUAAUUGUGUUCCAAUUUUUUAUUCUUUCAAUUUAAUGUAAAAAAAAUAUGGAACAUUUAUAGUUGAAAUUCUAAGUGAUUGUAGAUCAGGCCUAAUAUAAGGAUAUGUUUUUUAUUCUUCAGAUAAAAAUGGACCAACAAUUAGUUCAAGAUUUCAAUCAAAAUUUAAAGUGUAUGAGGAUUCUUCUAAUCCUUUCUGCUGGAUUAGUAGUUGCAAGUGCAUUAACUAGAGAGGUAAGUGUUAUUGCAAAUACUAAUUUAGGUGAAAAACAUAUGAAAGCAGUAGAGAAAAAAAAAAAGGAUUAACUAAGGAAAGAGAAAAUACCACAGCUAACCUGUUUUAAUAAUAGAGUUUUUAAAAAAAUAAAAAAUUGUAUAGUAUGUUUUAUGAUUGAUGAUUUACCCAAAAAACCUUAAACAAUUGAAUGUGGAAUAUUAAAUUUAAACAAUUUUGAUCAAGUAGGAUUGCAAUGAGUUGCAUGGAUGAAACAUUAAAGUUAAAAGAUUUAUUUUAAUUCUAAGGGUAAUGCCAAUCCUCCAAGAGAAUAAGUAAUAUAUUGAGGAGAAAAUAAUCUUAAAAUUUCAUCUUAAAGAUUUCAAGAUUACAAAGAUCCAUUUAUUUUUGGAUUUUGUGUUUAGAUUUUAUUAAAUAUUACUCUGGUUAGAAAAUUUGUUCUUAAACUAUAACAAUUUUAAUGUGUUGUUUAGUGGUUUAACAGACCAUAUCUCACAAAUUUCUUCAACUGGACUAUCUAAUGAAUUUAUAUAUUUAUUAAUAUUUGUUUAAUUUAGUAUAUACAAUUAUGAUAUCUAUCUAGAACCGACUGAAAUUUUUCCCAUACAUAGCUACCUAAAACUCUGAAUUGUAGAAUUAAAAUAAUGUAUUGGAUCUUAAAAAAAGGAUAAUUUUUUUUUAAAUUAAAAAUCUUAAAUCCUGUCACAAGGAUGUUAUUCUACAUAUUUUUCCUAAUUAUUAAAAAAACAAUUCAUAAUGUUAAUUAAAAAGAGAUUUUUUUUUUAUGUUUUCCAUAAUCAAUAGAGAACAUUUUUAUUAACAUGAUUAUCAUAUUACACAAUCACCAUGUAAAAUAUGUAAAGUAACAUUAGAAACAAAAUUAAUAUUGAUAAUGGCUUAUAACUUUUGAAAAGGAAGGCUCUGAUAAUUUUCUUUAUUUAAAGUUCAAAUUAUUAAAAAAACAAUUCAUAAUGUUAAUUAAAAAGAGAUUUUUUUUUUAUGUUUUCCAUAAUCAAUAGAGAACAUUUUUAUUAACAUGAUUAUCAUAUUACACAAUCACCAUGUAAAAUAUGUAAAGUAACAUCAGAAACAAAAUUAAUAUUGAUGGUGGCUUAUAACUUUUGAAAUGGAAGGCUCUGAUAAUUUUCUUUAUUUUAAGUUCAAAUUAUAAUAUGAGUGGAAAAUACUUAUAACAGUAUAAUAUUGAAUAUAAAGCUAACAGUUAUGUGUCACUAGAUGAUAAUUGUUUUCCAAUUUUUUAUUCUUUCAAUUUAAUGUAAAAAAAAUAUGGAACAUUUAGAGAUGAAAUUCUAAGUGAUUGUAGAUCAGGCCUAAUAUAAGGAUAUGUUUUUUAUUCUUCAGAUAAAAAUGGACCAACAAUUAGUUCAGGAUUUCAAUCAAAAUUUAAAGUUUAUGAGGAUUCUUCUAAUCCUUUCUGCUAGAUUAGUAGUUGCAAGUGCAUUAACUAGAGAGGUAAGUGUUAUUGCAAAUACUAUUUUAGAUGAAAACAUAUGAAAGCAGUAGAGAGAAAAAAAAAGGAUUAACUAAGGAAAAAGAAAAUACCUCAGCUAACCUGUUUUAAUAAUAGAGUUUUUAAAAAAAUAAAAAUUUUAUAGUAUGUUUUAUGAUUGAUGAUUUACCCAAAAAACCUUAAACAAUUGAAUGAGGAAUAUUAAAUUUAAACAAUUUUGAUCAAGUAGGAUUGCAAUGAGUUGCAUGGAUGAAACAUUAAAGUUAAAAGAUUUAUUUUAAUUCUAAGGGUAAUGCCAAUCCUCCAAGAGAAUAAGUAAUAUAUUGAGGAGAAAAUAAUCUUAAAAUUUCAUCUUAAAGAUUUCAAGAUUACAAAGAUCCAUUUAUUUUUGGAUUUUGUGUUUAGAUUUUAUUAAAUAUUACUCUGGUUAGAAAAUUUGUUCUUAAACUAUAACAAUUUUAAUGUGUUGUUUAGUGGUUUAACAGACCAUAUCUCACAAAUUUCUUCAACUGGACUAUCUAAUGAAUUUAUAUAUUUAUUAAUAUUUGUUUAAUUUAGUAUAUACAAUUAUGAUAUCUAUCUAGAACCUACUGAAAUUUUUCCCAUACAUAGCUACCUAAAACUCUGAAUUGUAAAAUUAAAAUAAUGUAUUGGAUCUUAAAAAAGGAUAAUUUUUUUUUAAAUUUAAAAUCUUAAAUCCUGUCACAANAAAAAACCUUAAACAAUUGAAUGUGGAAUAUUAAAUUUAAACAAUUUUGAUCAAGUAGGAUUGCAAUGAGUUGCAUGGAUGAAACAUUAAAGUUAAAAGAUUUAUUUUAAUUCUAAGGGUAAUGCCAAUCCUCCAAGAGAAUAAGUAAUAUAUUGAGGAGAAAAUAAUCUUAAAAUUUCAUCUUAAAGAUUUCAAGAUUACAAAGAUCCAUUUAUUUUUGGAUUUUGUGUUUAGAUUUUAUUAAAUAUUACUCUGGUUAGAAAAUUUGUUCUUAAACUAUAACAAUUUUAAUGUGUUGUUUAGUGGUUUAACAGACCAUAUCUCACAAAUUUCUUCAACUGGACUAUCUAAUGAAUUUAUAUAUUUAUUAAUAUUUGUUUAAUUUAGUAUAUACAAUUAUGAUAUCUAUCUAGAACCUACUGAAAUUUUUCCCAUACAUAGCUACCUAAAACUCUGAAUUGUAAAAUUAAAAUAAUGUAUUGGAUCUUAAAAAAGGAUAAUUUUUUUUUAAAUUUAAAAUCUUAAAUCCUGUCACAAGGAUGUUAUUCUACAUAUUUUUCCUAAUUAUUAAAAAAACAAUUCAUAAUGUUAAUUAAAAAGAGAUUUUUUUUUUAUGUUUUCCAUAAUCAAUAGAGAACAUUUUUAUUAACAUGAUUAUUAUAUUACACAAUCACCAUGUAAAAUAUGUAAAGUAACAUCAGAAACAAAAUUAAUAUUGAUGGUGGCUUAUAACUUUUGAAAUGGAAGGCUCUGAUAAUUUUCUUUAUUUAAAGUUCAAAUUAUAAUAUGAGUGGAAAAUACUUAUAACAGUAUAAUACUGAAUAUGAAGCUAACAGUUAUGUGUCAGUAGAUGAUAAUUGUGUUCCAAUUUUUUAUUCUUUCAAUUUAAUGUAAAAAAAAUAAGGAACAUUUAUAGUUGAAAUUCUAAGUGAUUGUAGAUCAGGUCUAAUAUAAUGAUAUGUUUUUUAUUCUUCAGANAAAAUACUUAUAACAGUAUAAUACUGAAUAUGAAGCUAACAGUUAUGUGUCAGUAGAUGAUAAUUGUGUUCCAAUUUUUUAUUCUUUCAAUUUAAUGUAAAAAAAAUAUGGAACAUUUAUAGUUGAAAUUCUAAGUGAUUGUAGAUCAGGCCUAAUAUAAGGAUAUGUUUUUUAUUCUUCAGAUAAAAAUGGACCAACAAUUAGUUCAGGAUUUCAAUCAAAAUUUAAAGUGUAUGAGGAUUCUUCUAAUCCUUUCUGCUGGAUUAGUAGUUGCAAGUGCAUUAACUAGAGAGGUAAGUGUUGUUGCAAAUACUAAUUUAGGUGAAAAACAUAUGAAAGCAGUAGAGAAAAAAAAAAAGGAUUAA